AUGCAGGAUCACAUUGGUUCGCCAGCGUUCAAGCUGGUUGCAAGGAAUUCUAGAAAUAAUUCCCCUUUCUUCAGGAGCGACUCAAACAACAACACGCCUCGGCCUAAGACACCGCCAAUGAAUAAUCCCAAGCAGGAGAGAGACAGAGAAGGAGAACGUAAGUAUAUCGUUAGCAAACUGAACAGACCAGAUCAUGUCGACGCACAAAUGUAGCGUCAUGCCAGUGAUAUUGGUUCUUGUGGUGAGGUGAUAUUGUGCACUAAAAGUAAUAAAACAAAAUAAGAUUUACCAUUUGCAUGGAGACCUUAUGAACUGACGCGAAAAUAAUUUUUACAUUUAUCAUGAAACAAGUGAAGGUUCGCCCAAAAAAUUAUAGUGAGAUGUAUAUUUUUAAAGUUACACCGGCGAAAAUUAAUUACAUGCAAUUUGAAUUUUUCACCGAAAAAGCCAUCAAUACAUUUAAGAUGAUAACGAAUCGAUGAGUGGCUGUUGUCAUGAAACGUCAUUGCAAAAUGGGUAGAAUCUUGAUUCCGUACAGGAAAAUGCAUGUGGACGCUAUUAUAAAGAAAGAACAAAUGUGCGGAAAGUUUGGUAAGAAAAUUAGCAAUUCAUGGAGUUCUAAUUAUCAGAUUUGAUGUUCAAGGCCUGGACGAAAACUAUAGUUUUAGUUAUGCAGGGGCGAAUCCAAGUUUUCUUUUUUUAUUAAUUAGUUACAUGAGAGCUACAUAUUAUUGUGAUUUGAUUCGCGUUAUAAUAACUAAAGUUACCUGCAAACAGCUAUUUAGGCUAAAUUACGUUCUGAUAUGCUAAUUUUGAACAAUGCAAUUUUUUAUUUCAGAACAACAGGUUAUUUGGCACUUUUAUAACCAAGAAAAAACAAACAUGAAAAAUGACCGGGUAGUUGUCUUUGCAUAUUAAUUUUUUUGGAACGAUUAUUGAAAACGCCCGUAACAAGGCCUUAGGCCGUGAGGUUUCGGGCAUCGAUAGGAACUAGAAACAUAUGAGGAGCGAGAGGGGCAUGGGCACGAUCAGGACACUCGACUACUAGAUCUGAUAGUAAAUUCUCCUGACCGGUGACCGUAUAUUUCUCUACUGGCCUUUCAAAAGGUCAUUUUAUAUAGAUACAAGCUUUUCUUUUCCCAAGCAUUUUUUGAGAGGUAGGUAAAUUUACGUCACUAGUGAAAAAACAUUAAGCACCUUGAUCUAUAAAAAGAACUCUAAUCAAGCUACGGGUACUGUGUGGAGAAAUGAAUAAAACAUCUCUUCUAUAUUUAGACGCUGAGUUAUUUACCUCAGUUUAGCUCACUUUAUAUUCUUUCAUUUAUUUAUCUGUUUCAACCAUUUUUCAUAUUUUGUAUAUUUUGUUUAUUUUGUUUCAUUUUUCACUGAACCAAACCUAAAACAACAGGACGAGCAGCAGCCUUGAACCUGGAAUGGCUGAAAAGUUCCUUCAAGCUGUUAGAAAGUGCGCUGAGGGAGCGGAACAAACAGCUCGAGAUACAAAAGAAGGAGAUCGAGUUCUUACGGAACGAACUUAGAAGAAAAGAUGAUGUCAUCAAGGAGUACGAAAACUUGAUCAAUGAACGAGAGGACAUGGAGAAACAGGAAGUCGAAAUUUUACACAAGGAAAUUAGAACAUUGCGUAUGGACGUCAUGUCUAAAGAGAUGACAAUACGAGAGCACCAGAGCGAGAUUGAGAGACUGGACAGCAAAGUUGAAAAGCUCAUGUCCGUUAUGCCGCCUCCGUCUCUACCUCGCGCGCGCGCGCAGGGAGUAUCCGCUGAACCAAAGAACCUGAACAACAACAGUCAAAAGCAGCUUAAACACUGCCCCAAAAAGCCAAGGUAUGUAAGACGGAAUAUCGUGUUAUUAGUUUCUUUAUCUCUCCUUUUUUUUUGUAAUACGUGCGAAUGUAUAUCAAGGGAGGCGUAUUAACCAUUCCCAGGAGCUCGCUGGAGUUGUUAAAACCAAGCCCUCAGAGGGCUUUGCAGGGCCUCGAAAUCAGGUUUUUGGUGUUUAAUUAGGGGCAGGCGUCAAAUUAUGGUAUUUCUGCCACUAUUUGAGUAUCCUUACUAUAAUCUACGCUAAAUGAGUAAAAAGAGAAAAAAGUAUCAUUGGUCUUAUUUGUAUUGAACAAGUCACUCUUUCAGCCCAGCGGUUUGCGUUGAUUUUUUUUUUAGUUGGACAGUAACGAGACAGUUAGUUACUGGCGCGUAAACAAUUUCGAGUGGAGUCUGGUAACAAAAGAAGGGACUACAUCGUGAUUGCAAAGGAAUACCGCAUAUUCGAAUCAAAAAGCAAUUUUUAUUAAUUUCUCAUAUAAUUUUGAAAAAUAUUAUACAAUGGUAAUAAUAACAAUGGUAGACUUGAAAGAGUUGAACCAACUUAACGCUUCGUUCGCAUCAUUAAAACCAGCCAUGUUGACUGGUUCGCCCUGUGGGUUUCCUCCAGCUACAUAAAAAUAUGUUAUAUGUUUUAUAGUUUGCUCUACUUUACCUCGACGACGUGGAAACAAGUGUCCUACGUAAAAUGAAAAAGAAGGCAUAACUGAACAAACAAACAAACAAAAAACAGUCAUACAAAAAAGGACGCUUUUUUUCCAGCUUUUAAAGUAAAAUUCCCUCGAUUAAUUUUUAGCAGGCUCAUUUGAAAAUUAGAAAGCGUGAACGCAAUAAAGAAAAAGAAGACAAAAAUUCCUUUGAGCCGGAUGGAAUAAAGGGAGGAUUUUUCAUGAUCACCAUAUGUAAAGGACAUUGUAACCUCACCUCAAGUUUUAUAGGUACAAGAAAUAAUUGUCGUCUAAACGCUGUUAUAAGAAAGUUUUCCAAAGGGGCGUCCAUCAACGAGAGAAAGAGGAAAAGGAUACUGGGCUAUUAACUGCAUACUGCAUGAACUUCCAAUCACAUUUCCAAUUAGAUAAUCUUGACCUACAUGCACACUGAUGAACUGUAGCGUUUAGGCCAAAUGAAGUCCCCUUCUUGUACUCAGUCACGUCUUAUUCAUAGUAACUCUGCGGUUAUUCUAUCAUACGUAACCCUUUUGGCUAUUCUGGCAAAUAUUAAAAUGCUGAAAGAAGAAGAAUUUUCGAAGAAGCAGAAUUUUUCCAUGAUGCUUACAGAAAACAAAUUUAUCAGUGAAGAAUCACAACCUUGUUUAUGAGUGUUCUGAAAACCCCAAAAUGCUGCCUUCUGGGCGAAAGUUUGAUAAGAUAUUACAGAAAUAUGCAAAUUCUCAAAUUUUACCAUUAUCAAUAUUUUAAACUUCGCCUCAAGAUUUGCUGAUGGUCUACCGACAGAGUGUAAUCCGAGUGGAACUGCCGGUAGGUAUUGUUAAUGGUAGUUAAAAGCUGGAAUACAAAUGAUGAUAAGUUAUGAAUCGUGCAUUGACUCUGAGAAGGUCAAGUUCGUGCACGUAGGCGUUUGGUUAAUGUUCUCUCGUACGUGCUACACUCCAACUUAGCUCUCCACUCCACCGAUCCACCCUCAAAUAGCUCAAAGGCAAUAAUUUAGGAGAUGACAAGCGAUACUCGUAUUACUCGUAAUAAAGGCUGUUUUCAUGAGAAAUAUCAUCCAUGUCUUGAACUUUCCUGAACACUUAGACAAAGUCCUAUUUAAAAGACCAAGGGUCGAAAUAUUGCGAUCGCUAAAACAUUUUGAACGGAUCUCUAACAUAUCCUCAUAUGCCUUUCUGUGGUUUAAUUACCCACUUUUUUGGGGGGAAAUUUGUGAGUGAGGUAAAAAUGGGUUUUUCUAACAAGGAUCAACUCUGGUUAACGGUGAUUUCCUGUAAAGGACCUUGGUUACGCAAGUAUACAGGUGAUCUUGUCCACGAUGACCAAGGCACGUUCGUGGAUGGAGGCAUUUCAUACUUGUUGGAUAAGUUAACAUCUUAAAAUUCCCUGCUCAAAAUAUUAAGUACGGAAAUUUUAAAUAUUUUCAUGAAUGGUGUUAUCAUUAAGUUUAUCUCCUACACUUGACAAUAGAAUGUAUUUUGACUUUUUUUCGUCUAAUGGAAAAUUAUCAGUGUUCCAAUGUUUUCGGAAGGAAUUAUGUUGUAAGUGCGUGUAAGGAGAAGUGCUAUUUGAUUGAUUUGAUAUUGUUUUACAAAUUUCAUAAUCCCUUGAUUUAAAACGAGGCAGCAGGAUUAUUGUCACCUAAAGCCCACUUUACACCAGGUAUUUACAGGAAGGAAGAAAAAAUUAUACCAAGUCAACAUUUUCACCCGAAAACUUGCUUGAAACGUGUGGAUAACAUACCUUAACAAUAGGCAGAGGCGUUACCACAACGUUCUGGUGGUUUUAAGAACAAAUUUUUUCUUCUUUUUGCAUCGUGGCGAAUUUGUGUUGUACGUGAAUGAAUAUUUUUAGCCUUAGGCAGGUGCAGGUAGCGCUGUUUUGACUACUGGAAGCGAGGAAUGAGACACGCGACCUUCCGCGAUUGUCUUUACACGUUCCUGUUUCCUACGCGCGCAAACUUCUCAGGCCAAAGAUUAUCGCCAAUAAUUUACAGUACUGUUUGGGUGAAGAAAAAUUUUAACUUUUUUUCUUUUCUAUCUGGGGGCUUUUUCAAUGAUAAUCUGAUAUUUACGUGUAGGUACUUAGUUACUCUUUUUUAUGUUAAAAAAAAAAGACUGGAUGAUAAAGGAUAAAUCUAGUGUGCGCCUCAGGGGUAAAAAGAUCGCGUCAACUUUUUCCCUCUUCCUAGCACUUGCUUACGUUUAUUGUCUGCAAAAUAUUUAUUUAUGUAAAUGUAAAUGGAACAGUUUUGAUAAUCCAAUGUCUCGCGUUAAAAGGCAGAACGCGAGGUUGAAUAGCUUUUUGACAGAAGAUUCUGCUCGAUUCAUUUUAUUAAUGUACUUUCAAUCAGAAUAUUUUUGGGCCACCUAUUUUACGCUUUGUUAUCAAUUUCCCGAUGCCCUAAGGUGAAGAAACAGAUUUCAGUGGCAGAAUUGUGCGGCCUUCCCUGGCUGGAGUAAUUAGCUUGUUGUACCAAAUAUACCCUCGAUGAAAUCAUGCCAGCUUCAAAUUCCACCUCCUUACUCGUUCACACUCACGGCAUUGCCCAAACAGACCAAACUUAUAUUAUCAACAAGUGAUGAUAAAUACCAGAUGAAGAAGAAAUACAAUUGUCAUUUAGAUAUUUUAAGGAUGUUGCUUAUGGCAUACCACGCAUUUUGACUGCAUAAGUGAAAAUCAAUAGUCGACAUCAAUACUAAUGGCUAAUCGGGGUUUUUUAAAAAGGGGUUUAGAGGGGGGAGGGGUGGGGAACAUCUUGCCCCUUGUUUAUGAUGAUCCGUCACGUCGUCCGUCGUCUUAUGAUGAUUUUUCUCUGAUGGAGUAUUUACUUUCAAGCCUCGAAGAAGAAUCUUUGUUAGCUCUCUAAAAAAAAUUGUAAAAAAAGAAAAAAAUAUACAUGUUUGUUUUAUAUCAAAAGUAGAUGUUGAACCCCGCACGGUUCGUUAUCAAUUCUGACUGGCCACAGCUGUAUAACACGGAAAGUUCAUUCACUCAACAGCUCUGUCCUCCUCGCAGUGUUUAACAUUUUUCCCCAUUAACCCAACCUAUAAUAUCCGAAAGAUGGUGAAUGCUUUAACAAAGCCGACAAUUCUUUGUUCCUCAGUCAUUCCUCGUUCAACUAAAUGCAAAUGUUACAGAAUUUUUGUGCAAUUUAACGAAUAUCGGUGCCGAAUACCCGGCGUUGAAGUUGUCACCAGAAAGAAAUAACAAAACGGCUUGGUUCGAACUCAUAUAAACUGUGUUAGGCAGGUGGUAUCAAAUCAUUACUGCUUUUAUCUUAUUAAGUUGGAAAAUAACUUUAGUGAUGAAAGUGUUGAUAAGUUCAAUUCAAGUUGAGCCGAACUGCACGCUAUGAAUAUUUGAACGAAUCAUCGUUCAAAAUCUUUACCAUUUUUAUCUUUUUGUUGUUGUUGUUGUUUUUUUUUAUGGACAAUUCUGUCAAACCAUUUUAUGUAGUUGAUUUCAGUCUCAAAAUUGCGUCGUCGUUCUGGAAAAUUUAGUUAUCAGAUCUCAGACGAAGAAUUAAAUUGCUGGCGAGAAUAAAGUCGUAUUCAUUUAAUAGAAUGUUAAUUAGCAGUUAAAACUUCUACUUAUGAUGCGGUAAUUUCAACUCUUUGUAGCCUAGCAUUGUCACUUUUCUACCCUUUUGUGGUCCUGAUAUGCAAAUUUAACCAAUAAAAUAAAGGGACUCCAACAGGAAAUGUAAACAGUCUUAAUGCUUUAAGAUUUUGUGUCGAAAACACUUCAAUGAGUGUGUUUUAGGAACAAAAAGAAAGACAAUUCGAUCAUAAUUUAAGUAAAAGAAUCACCGCUUGAUGGCCUUUUUUCUACGGGGCAAGUGACUUGAAGAGUGAUAGGUUUACAUCCGGUUGCUUUUAAGUUUUGUAAGGUAGACUGCAAAAAGGGUAAAAAAAAGGGGCCAAAUCGUACGUAAGCACAGAGAAAAGGACUAAAGAGAUUAUUCUUCAAUAAAACUAUUGUUUUAUCCUUUGUUGGUGCUCGGCGCGGUAAACAAGGCGCCGCUGGUUUGAACUGACAGCUCUCUACCUACCUUUUCUUUGUUAUUGUUCUUUAUGAUUUUUUUUCCGUGAUGUCUGAAAAUAGUGCCCGCUGCUUGAUAUCCUUCAUAUCUACUGGCGUCGCAAAGUUUGUGAGACCUGUCACCAGCAGAAUAUCUUCGUGGGAUUUUAGUUCAGAGUGUGAUUAAAGGUCAAGUCCUCAAAACGCACAAAAUUUGUCUGGAUUAAAAUAUUCUUCAAGUUAAGUUUAAAUGAGAUAAGCGCUUUAAACGGUAUUUGACGGUUAUGUUGUCUAAUUUCGGUUUAUGAAGUGAGUGGAAGCUGACUGGACUAAAGCGAUCACUCCGCCUCGAACCCGUCCGCACUGCUUAGUGUAAACAAACAAUAAAUGCAGUUGAAAUUUACUUAGAGCAAUCAGUUUUAUCUUUCUUUUAUUGGCACAUUAAGACUUUAACAUUUCAGUCAGUUUUGUCCUGAGUGGCAGCUUCGGCUCAAAACAGUCAACGUGCGCAGGUUUGCCUCGAUGAUUAGGCCAGAACAUCCGUUCCAAACGUCAAUCAUCUAUUAACAUACAAAUUACUUUAUAACCACGUCCCUGAUAAAGCUCUUACGCAUGAUUUACGGAACCGAAGUGCGCAUUUAUAAGGAGGAAGAGGUGGCGUUGCGAUUUCUUCGUUAGAUUCGCGCUUUACCCGGUGAACUUUAAUUUCAUUUCACAAAUUUUGCGAGUGUCUCUUUUCAACUACCCUCAGGAUAUAGGCGAAUGAAUUCCCAGUAUUCCAUUGGCGAUUAGAUAAAGCGCGCGGAGUGAUGCAUUGCGGUCGAGCUAAGAGUAAAAAGAAGGCAGGGUGUUUGUGUUUUCGGCGGGGUACUGCGGCAACCACAGCGAAAAUGGGCAGUCUGCGAGAGCUGCAGCAGGCCCUCCAAGAGAAGAACACCGAAAUGAAAAUGAAGGACAGCCGCAUCUUGGCCUUGGAGCAGGAAUUGAAAAGGAGAAAUGAGUUGAUCCGUCGACUCGAGAGCGAGUUAGACAAAUAUCGUUCGGUUCUGCAACCGGCCGUAGCAACUCGUACUAGAAAUCAACGCCAAGGAAUUUCAGCUGAGCCACAAGGCUACAAAACGGUCACCGAUGCCUCUCAGCCACCUAAGAGACACAACAAAAGUUCCAGGCAAGGACGAUUUCUAUUCUGUUGUGCUUAUGUUUCCCUAUUAUAUGCGGGGGCUCGAUCGAUGGCUUAGAAUAUUUCUCUGUCAGUAAGCGUGUCGAUUGUUGUGCGCGCUCGUAGCUUUGCUGAUCUUUAAAGUCAUCGAAAAGUUAUUGGUAACCCUUUAUCGCAAAAUACGUGCGGCUGUAGACGAUUGCUACUUUUUUUCCGCCGCCUGUUGUCAAUAUUUGCGGUCAUUGAAAACCAUCGCGGAACGCCAACGCAAGAUAGCUGGAAAAAACGAAUUUUCAAUGUGCGCCUGAACUUCUGACACUAAUAUGAAGAAAAUUACGCCUCACAGAAGGGGUGAUUGUCUCAGUCAGCAAUACGAUCUAUCUUCCUUUCGAUCGUUGUUGCUGGAGGUUCGCUGGAUGUUAGAUCUCAGAUGGUCGGCUUUGAAUUAUAGACCGUUUGUGCGUGUAGGCUAUCGGUAGUUCUUUGGUUCUUGAAAAGUGACACCUUCGGUUAAAGUGGCCGAUCGUGAAUUUAAUUUCGUCGUUCGGCUCAAGCACACAUAAUACCCGUUUGAUUGCAUGAAUUUUCCUCAGCCUCGAUUGCGCUUCUUUUCAUGAACUUCUUGUGCAUUUCCUGUGAUCUUUUCUUUGUUGUUUUUAUUGUACACUUCAAAUCGACAACAAACCGCAUUCGGCGAGAGCUUAAGAUACACAAUGUCGAUCGAAUCACGCUUGGUUGAGUUUUAAUAUUUGGCAAAUUGCAACAUCGAACAGGAGUCCUUCUUUCCUUUUUUUAUUUUUUCAUAUACGCUAUACCGCGAUCGAACAUUAAGGCCGAUUUAUUUUUGAAGUUACGUUUACUUUAAUUCUAACAUGUAAAAACGCGCUGAAAAGGAUACUUAUUUAUCUUAAUUGUGCUUCAUGACUUUUCGAGUAGCGAGCAUUCUCUGAUAUUGACAUGGUCACAGAUCCAGUUGGUGUUUGGGCGUCCACGAGCCUAGCACGCUUCUGUUCAAUUUAUCUCUUUCUCCGUGAUCUGAAGUUUACAGCAUUUUGGGCCCGGAUUAAAGUAGCAAUGAUUGCUGGUUUGAUUUUUAUUUUUGUAAAGCUAUACCCAGCUUUACCAGAUAUCGUUCAGAAGAAGGUUGUUCAGUUCGGGUCGUGUUUUAUCAGAAUGUCAAGCUUGAGGUUUUGGAUAAAAGCGAUGUUCGUUUUUCUUUUAAAAGCUGAUCUGACGAAACAACCUGUUAACUGAAUAUUUCCGGGCUCUGGCUAGCCGCUUAUUUUAGAUCGAUCGAUUUGUACCGACACAAGAUUGUUUAUUGCUUCGGCAAGUGCUUUUAUGGCGAACAAACCGCUGUUUGGUUUUGUAUAUUUCUAUUGAUGCCUUGAUACUUGUAGUCUCGCCAUUCGGAAGCUCCAUGCGAGAAUUUUUAUCAAACUCGAAUUAUUUGGUAGCGGUUUGCUUACAGAACGAUAUUUACAUAUAAUGGUUGAAACAUGUUAAAUAUAAGCUAACUAGGCUUUGAAUACAGAGAUCGGCUACGCACCAAAAUAAAGACGAGGUCUUAAGGGAAACGUGCGAAAGAAACGAGGCAACAUUUCGUAAAGAUAUGCAGGAUAAAAAUAAGCUUUAGUUCCCUGUUGGAGUGUAAACAUUUUGGAGUCAAGGAUUUUGUUUUUUUUCAGAUUGCUAAAUAACAAGUAGCGCACAAAAGACAAAGAUUACGAUAUGAAGUUCACUAUUUUAUUAACAUCCUUUCCAGAAUAGCAUUUAUGCGCAUGCCUUAUACUAGAGGGCAAGUGUGUUUGUUUCAUCUCACGAAAGACGUUUUUUCCGUUUCUAAAAGAAAUUUAAUCAGUCGCUCACGAGCAUACAAGCAUUCUGUCGUGAUUUAAAUAUUUCAUCAUGUAAAUUGCCCUUUCUUACAGCUUCUAUGUAUAUUAUACACCAAGGAAUUAAUUUUGCGGUAAAGUUACAAUUUUAUCGGUUGUGAGGGUUUCUUUGUUAUGACAUGGUAAAUUACUGUAGAAUCAUCUUUUCUUGAUUUACAUAGGAAGCAAUAAAUUAAUACCAGGACCAAGGAGUAUGCUUGAAAGCAGCUCCUAAUCUUAUGCUGUAAUCUCCUCAUCAAAACAAUCACUGUUUGGGUUGAAACAAGCCUUUAGUAGCUUGUGUAGUGCACCUGUCUUGUGCUUAAAGUACUCAGACUCUUAGAAGGAAAAGUUCAACUUUUUAUUGAAAAUAUGAAAAAAGUGACAAUAUUGAUAUUGAGGUCAAUUUUACCCUGAAAGUGUAAGGGUCAAAUGUAUUGCAAUUGAAGAAAUUCAGAGUCUUUACUAUUUUAUUGGUGUGUAGCCAUAGUGAUCAGCCUCAGAAUACAAAAUGCAAAAACUGAACAAAACAAUGAAAAAGAUAGGUUAUCUUUUGAAUUCUAUUUACCUAUUGUUAGGCUUCAUAGAUUUUAAAAGUUUCCUGUCUAAGUGAAACAGUGAUCUGACUUUUCGGAAACUCUCAUAAAGCUUUACAUCUGUAUACAUUCCUACUAAUCAUGUCAUAUUGGAAGAAAUUAUGGGUGAUGUUUUCACUACCUAAGAUUUAAAUAUGUAAAAAAAUAAUCUCUGUUUUGGAUUUAGGUUGAAAAAGGAAAUUCUCCACUUCUAAUUGCUUCUCAAUUAAGGUAGAAUUCAGUUUCAUUUUCAUCAAUUUGUACAGCAUUGCAUAAAAGUUUUACUUUACAGUGUGAAUUUUACGCUGUUAAAUCCCAUGUUAUGGGGUGAAUCUUAGAGACUACAUGUCUUUGUCUUUGAGAUGUCAUACAAAAUUGUAGUAUCUUGAACACUGCUCUUGAACACUGCUUUUGUUUAAGUAUUUAGAGCAAUGAGAAGGUGAUUUGUUGGCUAAAGUGAGUCUUCUUUUCUGGAUUUUGUUACGUUAUAUGCUGUAUAAUCAUAUAUAUAUAUAUAUAUAUAUAUAUAUAUAUAUAUAUAUAUAUAUAUAUAUAUAUAUAAACAGGCUUGAAGGAAAUGAAGUUAUUCACGAAACAGGCUUGUCGGGAAAUAUAUAUAUAUAUAUUUAUAUAUAUAUAUAUAUAUAUAUAUAUAUAUAUAUAUAUAUAUAUAUAUAUAUAUAUAUAUAUAUAUAUAUGAUAUGAAAUAGUUUCAAGAUUUGCAUUUGAUUGAGGAAAUUGUGGCUUUUCAGGUUGUCUUUGGCAUGUUUUGUCAUGAUUACACAAUGGCAGUAAAAAGAAUUGAUUUUACAAGUUGCAGUUUAUUUUUAAAAAGUGGUGAUAUCUAAAUAUUUCAAAGUUGUGUUGCUAAAUUCCCACAAUGAAAGGAAAUACUGGCAUUUGCAUCAGUAUGUGAAAAGAUACACAGUCUUUUUAAGCAUAAAAUCUCUCCUUAUUAUUGGGAAAAAAGUACUCAGAAGCUUCACUUAGUCCUUACAUUCAAUAUGAUAUCAGUUUAAUUAAAGUUCAAAUAUCUCAAGGAGCUCACUUGAACUAAUAAUAAUCCAAUUACCAACCAAAAAGAAAGAAUGAAAAGAAGAAAUUUCUGCCUUCAUCAUGGAGAUUUUAUGGUCAUAAAUAAAAAAGACUUAGGUUCAUGAGUAUUUUAGACAAUUUCCAUGCCUGUCACCCUUUUAUAAUUUUAAGGUAAUAUCUUUGUGAAGCUCAGUUUUGCCAUCCCUUGGCUUUACACACUGAGAACAAAAUGGAAAAUUAGCCUGGUUAUUAUGAAAAUAUUUUCAAAAUGAUUUUAUUAUUGUUCCUAGCUUUUUCUGCAAAGGACUUUUCAUUUAGUUUCAUGGUUUUGUAGUUUUUUGCAUUUCAUAUAAUUUUGUCUCUUGGAAGCGUAUUCUAUUUAGGAAACAAAACAUAUGCAAAAAAUCAGAAUCAAACUAAAAUUACAAUUUUUAAAUUUUCAUAAAUGGACUUUGUAUCCUUGGAAGUUACACAUAAAUUUAGGUUACUGAGGAAAUUAAAAAAAUAAUUGAACAAACCAAAAUUUAUCCCUUGACAUGUACCAUAUCAAAUCCUAUUUAUAUUUUUGUGUACUCUGUUUUACCCCCUCCAAUAAUCCAUAAUAUAUUUUGAAUGCUUUGUAGAAAAGUACCUUUUCCUUCCUCCUUCCUCCUUAAAUAAAAACUCUGAAACAGGAACAUUUUAUCCUUUCAUUUGAGUUGGUAGCAUUUUAGUACAAAGAAUACUUCUUAAAGAAAGCCUAGCUCAGUUCACAUUUGAAAUAUUUUAGGUUUGAACAGAAGAACUACAUACUGUACAUGGGAUUUGUUAGAUUUCAAACAAGGUGAUAAAUCAGAUGGAAAAUGAUGACUCAUGUUUUUGCCUGCAGUGAGUUUGUGACAACCUGCCGUCCCCUUGAUAUACACUGUAAGCAGACCUCUUUGUUGAGGGUCUCUUUCCUGUGUAAUUCAUUGGUCUUAUGGUACAAGGUGGCUGGGAGGGGGAAGGGGUUAUGAGAGUGAACAUGACUGUGUUGACACAGAUUGAAGCUAAUCUUGCUACUUUUCUGUACCAAAAUAGAUCUAAAGAACUUAUAAAGGAUGCCAUUUUGGACAAUGAUUUCCUCAAAAAGUUGGAACCAUCGCAAAUCCGUGAAGUUGUUGAAUGCAUGUAUGAGAGGAAAUGGAGAAAGGGUGAAUUCCUUAUCAAAGAAGGAGAAUCAGGAUCCCACCUUUAUGUACUGGAAGGUACAUAUCUCAUGUCUUUAUUAACAUGUUUGAAAUAUGAUCAUCGUAAUUAAAUAUUUCUUAAGAAACAUUAUGGCUAGAAAUUAACUCUAGUGCUUGGUGGCCAGUCGAGCCAGUUUCCCUGAAUUCUUUGUGGCUCAUCCCAAAAUGAAGUAGCCCUUGAUUUCCUCUAGUUUAAAAUGAAAAACUUGAAUAAACACCCCAUGGCUUUUAAUGGAGCGUUAACUAAAAGGAAAGAACAAGCUCGUGAAAUCACUGUUAAAAUGGCUUGGAAUUUCUACUUCAGAACUAGAAAAUUUGCUAAAAUGGAUGAUUUCAGAGUCCAGGCAAAGAGAUGAAGAGAAAGGAAGUCUAAUUAAACUACAUAUUGAGUUUUAUUUUUAACUUCAUACUUCACAUAAUUUACAUUGCAACUUUUCGAAAUUCUGUAGCAUAGUCACACGUCGGGCGUUCAAACCUUAACUUUUGGUGGCCCUGGUCAUUUUUAACUCGCCACUGGGGACUGUGCGACCACCAAUUUUUAGCCCUGAAACAUAUAAGCCAUUGUCUAUCAAUUUAGAGUAAUCACCUUUGUGAAGAUUUUUCUGUAAACCUUUCAUGGAAAACUUUCUAAAAAUGGGUAAUUUACUUGUAGCCAUGAACGUUGAUGUAAUAUGUUUUUUUUCCAGAGGGUAAAGUCAAAGUCCUAAAGGAAGGAGAGGAAAAGGGUAGUAUGGGACCAGGAAAAGUGUUUGGGGAACUUGCCAUCUUAUACAAGUGCCCCAGAACAGCCAGUGUGAAAGGUAAAUUUCUUGAUAUUUGUUUUUCUUUUGUUAACUAAGUUGAAAAAUUGUUGUUUUCUGCAAGCAGUGAAUUAUCAGUUUUUUUUGUUUACAAAUACAUGUAUGCCUUUCUAUUCAUUUCAUUAAAAUAGUUUGCCCAAGUAAAGAAAACUCUGAUUAGUUUUAAGGCUGGAUUUCCCUGAGGUACAGAGUUGUUUACACCCACUUUAGGAAGUGUCACAUUAGGAGGGAAGCAUUUAGUUAUUGCAGACAUUAACUUUUUUACAGUUGACACUCAGGUGCAGUGAUCAUUUAUUUAUAAUUUGUACCAAUGCCAAUCUCGUAAAACACUGAAAUCUGUAGACAUAAUCAAAGGGGAUAUGUUUAAGGUGUUGGUGAUAAGCUCCAGGAUAGUAUAAUCAUACCAAAUCAGAAGCUUGCAUUUAGAUAGUGGGUUGUCUGUUACUAUGUACCACUGACCAUUGACUACUGUCUCUUUUGCUUUAACUGUAAAUAAUCUUAUUUCAUUACUGGCAUAUUUUAUUCUUACAUGGUAAAUUAGUUUAAGUAUGGAUAUUACCAGGGUAGUCUAAGAAAUAUUUAGGGUCAUUUAGGGUUAUUCUAGCUGAUUUCCUCUAUUAUAAAUUUAUGUACAUAUUACUUACAUUUAUUUUUGUUGAGCAUUUUUAACAUGAACCUUUGGCAUGGAGAACUGGGUGAACUGGGUGUAAAUUAAGUUAUCUUAUCUUUUCUUAUCUUAUCUUAUUUUCAUUUGUGGAAACAUUAGUAAUGUUUAUGUGUUAUCCUUCAUUUUAGCUGAGAGUGAUGUCAAGGUCUGGUCCAUUGACAGGCAAACAUUCCAGACAAUAAUGAUGAAGACAGGAAUGUUAAAACAGAAGGAACACAUUGACUUUUUGAAAAGGUGAUUUUAGGAGAUGAAGAAUCAAAACUUACAUUCAGUCUAUGUUAGAUUUUCUGUGCUUUGGUGAAGUUUAAGGGUUGUGAUUUUCCAGAACCUAACCUUCCUUUUAAUAAUAAUUGAUUAGUGUUGAUGUCUAUGUUGUAGUGAAAAUGAUUUCAGAUUGAAAUGGUUUCAAACUUGUUUGACUUCUUUUCUUCAAUUAAGGACUAUGUUAAUGUAAUGGUACCUAGAACAAAGGAGAAAACAAAUUUAUGAUCAUUUUGAAUUUAAAUUUAGUUCAAACUACAACAAUUAUUUGUUUAAGUUUAUUUGUUUAAACUCUUCUGUUAUUUUAAGUCUUAAGCUUUGAACUCCCAAGAUCCAGUUUGUAAUUCUCCUUACUAAGUGCUAUGGAAAAUUUGGUCUUAUGUCUUGGUAACACCCUCUUGCUGAUAAGAAUCUAGGAUCACAUAACUUGUUUGCAAGUCAAUUAUUGUUAUUUUUCCUAAAGUAUUUCAGCAUGUCUGAAUCUUAAGUCUGAUUGGCUAAUGAUGCACUCAUAACUGGUCCAGCUUUUAACAAUAUGAACCAUGGUCCAUAGAUAUUCACAGCAAAUUGGAAAAAAAAAACCCAGCAGAAAAAAUUUUAAAAAGGUAUUUACCAUUGUAAGUAGUUCCUUGUGAGGGAAAUUGUGCCUCAGGUUUUGAGCACAGCCUGAAGGCAGAAGGCCACACUUAUGACCAAGGGUACAACUCUUACUCAUACAGACAUAAUGCCUGGUAAUUAACAUAUAAUUAAUUGCCAAGAGCAGUUACAUGUUAAUCACUUUUGGAAGUUAAAGAGUUAAAUGUUUGUAUGGCAUAUCAUUUUACCUUUCAGUGUCCCAUGGCUUGCUAAGUAUGGAGAAGACCUGCUUUGUAAGGUUGCAGAUGUUAUUGAAGAGGUAAGGUUAAAGUGACGAUCACAGACAUAGUUCAUGAAGCGUCUCAUCGUUGGAUUAUUUCUUUACGUUACUGUUAAAGAAAAAAAAAUACUUGUUUGGUAACAUUGUUCUCUAAAAUAGAAGGGUUAGUUCUCCUUGAAAUCUAAGCAUAACUUGUUGGUAAAUCUUCUCUCAAUCAAUAAUUUGUGUUGAGGCUGUGAUAACUGACUGUCCAAGAGAAGCAAAAAGAGCUGGCAUUAAAACAACAACCAUUUAUUGUGUGGGCAAGUGUUCUCACAUUUGCUCAAUCAGUGAUUUAUUCAUCUCAUUUAGGCAUGACAAAGGGAUGGCUGUAGUUGGUUAUCUUCAGUCAUUUGUCAUUUAUAUCUAAUUAACUAUAAGAUUAUAAACUGAAGAUUUCUAUUGAGUGUCUUUUGAUGAGGGGAAAGCCUGAAUCAACUAACACACAUAGAAAUCAAGAGAAAGAGUUUCCCAAUUGUUUACCAGAUGUAAAUUUUAAAACAAGAUAGGCUCAUUAUUUUAUUUUGUUCACAAUGCCGGACUGUUUGUCAACCUACUUUACCCAAUAAUUACCAUGGAACAGAUAAUGAGUACUGUAGUCAAUCGGACUGUGACGUUGGGGUUGCCUUUCAGCCCCUUCUCCAGGCACAGCGGUCUAAAAAACACCAUCAAUUGGUGGCCAACUAUUGGAAAGCUUAUUGAAAUCCCUGAAAUGGGUGCAUAAUCAUUGUAAUUUAAUACAUUUCAUGGUACCUUUGAUUUUAUAGCAGAGUAUUUGCUCUGAAGCAUUCUUUGAAUAUAACUUUAUAAUAGGCAUUCUAUGAUGAGGGAGAGUACAUCAUACGUCAAGGUGCAAGGGGAGACACGUUUUUCAUCAUCAAGAAGGGAGAGGUAAGUAAUGCUUAAUGGAAUGUUUCUUCCUUUUCAGUGAUGGAAUAAAUGAGUGUUACAAAAUUUUGAGUCAUAGGUGUACACCAUGGGUUAAGUUCUAUGGUUAACUGAGGCAGAAGCCAUUCUUUUGCCACCCGUAACUUAUCUUCAGUUGUGCCGUUUACUAUUUUUGUUGAUUAUUUUAGUUCUAAGGAAAACUUCUUUUGGUAGGUUGAAGUUACACAGAGAGCUACAGUGCAUGCAGAUCCUAAUUUCAUUCGCACUCUCAAAAAGGGCGAGUACUUUGGGGAAAAAAAUCUCAUGGGGUAAGGUUGGACUUUUCUAUAAUGUCAUCAGAUGUGGUUAAAAAUAGUGUUGUUUUUGACCACAUGGAAGUUUCUUUUCUUUUUCAUUACAAGCAGACAUACAUGUUCGUGUAAAUAACACAUGGAUUACUGAGUGCUUAUUAUAAACUUAAAAAUUGGGUCCAAAAGCUUUCAAGAUGUACAAAUAAGAGCAUAGUUAUAAUCCCUUGGAAUUUCACAUAAGAUAAAGGUUUUGUGAGCAAGAAAGGCAGUUACUUGCAGUUUACAGGGUAACUUAGGUUAUUUAUUACUUCCUUUCAGAUUUUUAAAGCCCCUUCUGUGGUCUUUACUGCCUAUUUUGUCAUUGGCAGCCAGUAAUGAAAAACAAAAUAAUAGUGACAUUCAGCUGCAGCAAUGGGCAUGUUAUGGAUAAAUUCAGCUGUGACACAUACCUUUUAAUAUAUUUGUUCAUUUAUUUUAAACAAAAUAUGCUCCAAGAAUAAGAGAAUAUUUUCUUUUGCAGUGAUGAAUUUCGAACAGCAAAUUGUAUUGCAGCCAAGGGAGGUGUGCAAUGUCUCGUGUUGGAUCGAGAGUAAGUAAUAGAAAAUAAUUUUAAAAAAAAACUUAAAAUUUGCAAAAUCAAUCUUUUUUUGAAAGAAAAGUCUCUAAUUUAACAUCAUUCUAACGGAAACAAGCUCCCGGUGAGAGCUGUCUUAACCAUUUGGUGUUUACAGCUAUCCAGCUUUGACAGUUGUCUUCAUGUGAAUAUACAAAUCACAAUUAUACUAAUUCUGGUCCAGUUCAAGUUCCCUUAUAGAAAAGGAAACUUAAGUGUCAUUUCUAAAGAAAUAUUUUUCUUGUUGUGAAUUCACCACUCCACCUUGAUUGCCCAGCUAUGUUUGCAUUCCUUAGACCUUUUGAAGCAUAUAUUGGAAGUUUAGAAGACUUGCAAACAGACAAAUAUAGCGACAAGGCAAGAGGAGUUGAACCACAGACUGCAAGGUAAUAUAAUUGUUUUCAAUUGAUUUUGAUAUUGCUUCAAAUCAGCUAUCUAUUCAAUGGUUAUCACCUCUGAGUGAGAAGCCAAGUUAAUGACUUUGAUCCAUGAAUUUUCAAGGUGGUAUGCAUCAAGUAUGACAUAAUUCUACAUGUUUUGUUGAGUCAUAUUUAAAGUUUUGGUGGUAAGAGGAAGAACAACUUUGAUAAAAAGGCUAAUGCUGGAAAUAUCAGCUUUAAAAGCUCUUUACAGUGAUCAAUUAACAUCAACUCAAUUGAUAAAAGCAGAUUAGCUGAUUACAUGACGUAAAGAGUAUGUAUUGAAUGAAAUGAUAACAAGUGAGUCAAGGAAGGAUCAAAGAGUAGCUCUUAACAGUGAUUUCUUUUAUAAAAAAUAGUUGUGCAGUUGAAAUGGUACCCUCAAUUUUUUUAAGUUAUAAAAAUGGGUUCAAGAAUUAAUCAUUGUUUAACUGACUCCAUUGAGAAGGUGAUUGUUCAUUCAAUUUUCAUGAAUAAAAAGCAAGCUUGUGUUAAUAUCAGUUUCUAAUUCUUUGCUAGGCGUAACUUCCUUCAAUAAUAUGUAUCUUCUUAAUGAAGUGUCUUUUAAAUUAACAUUUCAAUGAUCAGUUUGCAGAGUUUUAACUCAGUAUGCCCGUAUGCUAAGGGUAUCUUUCUAAAGGGCUCAGGGAAAGGUCUGAUGCUUUUUAAUAAGAACCUACAGUGUCAAUGUCAGCUAUGGUUUUUCAUCUGCACUUUGUUUUGCCAAAUUGUAACAUCCAGUUCUACGGGAUACAUGCUAGUGGAUUUUCUGGAGAAAGCUUCUUAGUGUCCUGCCUCCUAGGAUUAAAAAAGAGCGAACAGAAUCUUCAUGGGAAUUAAACAGCACCUUAAUUGCUAUGUGUUGUGUUGACUAGCCAUAAAAUUUUCUUUGUGAGACCCUCAUAACAGCUACUGUUCACACAUUCAAAUCUAACAAAAGUGAUCAUUUCUAGGGUUUUAAAAUUGCUUAUUUUGAACUUUGAUUUUUUUUAUUUUAAGUAAUGUAUGAGGCUAAUUUAAAUCUACAUUCAUGGUAAAUUUUGAUCUUUCAUACUUAGAGGUUACUUUUUGUCAAAGGACUUACAUUUAUUUUUUCCUCUUAACCCUUAAACCAAGUAGACAGAUCCAAGAAAUUGAAAGGUUGGUACAUUUGGAAACUUUUCAUGCACCAGCAAUGUAAUAAUAACGUUUUUAAAUUUAACUCACUGAGCACUUAACUUUAGUUUUCAAGAUACUAAUGAUUUAAAUGUACUUAAGUUGCUGUUUUCAUAGUAAUGAAAACUAUGUUCUAUGUGGUAUUUACAUAACUCAUGGUAUUUUCAUGUAAUUUCUUAUUGUUCAAAUGUUCUAUGCAUUGCCAAUUUGAAUGAUAAACAUCUUAGUUGUGAUGAUUUCAAUGAAGAUGGUGAAUGUUAAGCCUGGUGUUUUAGUGAAAGAAGAUGUUAUUUGGUGAAAGACAAAGAACUCCCAGUGCUCUCAAUAGGAGUCAAACCUACAACCUUCUGAUUAGUUCUUCUAAUGCUCUGCCACUGACUUAAAAGAGACGUGCUGCAGGCUAGGCAAAGGCAUAACAAAAUUUUUUUGCAAACUUGGUCAAAGUGUUUGUACUUCAUCCAAAAUGUUAGACAGAUGUCUGCUACUUUACAUCAGCUAUUACUGACUUCCUUGGGAAAACAAUGCAUUCAAAUUCAAUAGCAAAAAUUUUCUUGCAUUUAAACUCAAAUGUUUUGCAUCAUACUAACUCCAUGGUCAGAUGUGAUAUGACAGGUGGACAUGCAGAUAAUGAACAACACAAUGAACAUGUUUUGACUGUACUAUGAAGUAUUUUGUCUGCAACUUAAUUUUGUUAUUUCAGAAGAGCACCAUAUUAAAAAAUCUACACUACUGUUGUAUUUGUUGGGAAUUAUUAAUUCUAAAAUGAAGGGGGAAAGUACAGUUUGUUCAUGUUGUUUUCUCUUUGGGUUUUUACUUUUAACAUAUAAUUUACCAGACUGACCUUUUAAGAACCAUCUGUAAAUAAUAUCUUGUUAAAUUUUAAUGCACUUUCAAAUAGGCAGAUCAGAACAAAAUCAUAAAGUUAUCAAUAUAGAGAUAAUUUAAGCCCUAACACAAUGUCAAAUUUUCAGCACUAGCCAACAAGAUAAAUGUGUGGUACUGAGAGAAUUAACUUGUAUUUCAUGAAAGUCAAAUGGUGAAGAUUAUCCUUUGAGAAAUGCAAAAAAUUCAAGAAUUUUUGCAGCACUGUUUGUGAAUUGAAAGUGACAAUGAUGCCUAAAAAGUGUACAGUGUUGUACAAAUAUUCAUAUUUUACUCCUUACAAUACCAAUACACUAUCAACCAGAUAAGUGAUGAGAAUAAAGAAAAAUAUCAAUUUGGGGAUAAUUAGUUGAUCCAACUCUAAAUUCUCUGAACUAACAUUACAAGAAUUGUAUGGUUGACAGUAAGGGGAAUUACAAUUAUGAUCUGGGAGUUAAAGGGUUAAAAUGUUAGUUUGUUUGAUUGUUUUUACUUCUCUAGAUAGUGUUUUUCAAUGGGUGUAUGGCUUAUUACUGGGUUUUGUUUUGUGGCUAAGUUGCUGGUUUUAUUUUCUCAAACUUAAGAUAUGCUUCUUUGUUAGUGACUAGGAUUUUUCUUAGAAGUGUUCAUGAUGGGUGUACUUAUUCAAGUUUUUUGUUUACAGUCGCACUAAAGAAGAACAGAAUGAGUUUGCAAGUGUUUCUUUGAAAGAUAUCUCAAUCUUGAAGACACUGGGAGUUGGAGGUUUUGGGCGUGUUGAAUUGGUGAGUCUAAUGAAUUGGCACUUAUUACUACUGGUUCAGGAUAUCACUGAUCCAGUGUAUUGUACAAGCACAGAGCAUAGCAAUCUAUUUGAAACAGGUAACAGUUAAUAACGGUCCAUAACGCAGACAUACAUGGAAAGGUUUUUAAAAGUUAUGCAGUCUUGUUUAACAUUGCCUAGUGUUGCACUUGUGCUAAAAUUAUGAAGCCAGAGUAGAAUAAUCAAGAUAUGCUUUCCAAAACCUUCAGGUUGUGAAAUAUCUUUCUUAACCCCUUACAGCCUGACAUCAGUUUGCAACUUCUCCAUACUGUUCUUUAUACGUUUCGUAUGGUACUUAUUUGGAGAAUUUGCUUAAUAGUCAAGAGCUUUUUGACCUUGUCAUUAUUUCAUUUAUUCUCAUGACCUUAAUGUUUGAUUCUGGGGUGGUACCAUUGGGAGAAAUUAGAUGCUUAUCACUCUCAGGGAGUUAAAGGAUUAACAUCUGAACUAAGGAGAUCAAGCCAUAAAAUUGAUAUGAAGGGGGUGUUUUUUAACUUUUGUCUGAUCAUUGCCUGAAAGGGAAAACUAUGAAAAGAGAGGGAAGGCAUCUUUGAUGGACAACAGGAAGAAAUGUGUCUGUGUUAAUGAAUUGUGUGAAAUUUUUCUGGUAAAUAAUUCGCUAGUCUAUCAUUAAAUUGGUGAAGCUCAGUCUUAAGAGGGAAAGUAUGAUAUCUAGAUAACAGCAAUAUAGAUAAACUCGGUCGUAGUUAGGCGUAUAACCUUUCCAUUUUGUCUUUGUCAGGUUCAAGUCGCCAAUGAAAAGAAAACGUUUGCCCUGAAAACUCUUAAGAAACAUCACAUCGUUGAAACAAGACAACAGGACCAUAUCAAUUCAGAAAAGAAAAUCAUGAUGGAGGCCAAUUGUCCCUUCAUUGUGAGGUAAGCACAAAUCUUUGGGCUGGUAUGAAAUAAAUUUUCUUCAUGAUGUUGUACCUGAAACGGUUCUUUUGAGGAACAACAGUUGUUUUGGGUAGCUUGGAGGGUUAGAGUUAAACUUUAGCUUUUUUUCAUUCGAUACAAAAGUGAAACAAGUUAAACCUUGGUCACAUGCACAUUGGGCGUGAAGCUUUUUAAAGUCAAAUUGUGUUAUUGUUUUGUUGUUUUGUUUAUGUUGGAAGCCCUAGUGAACGUUAUGCGUUGUGUAUUCAAUGACUCUUGGCAGUCAUUGAGCCCUGUUCCCAUUUUAUGUUUAACGUCUUUACCUCUUCUUUCCUUGUUCAUCUUGUGAAAUCUUGCGAAUUUGACCUUGUUAAAAUGUGGAACCUUUUAGUCAUUGUUCCUCUUCAUAAUUUAAAACUUAUUAAGGUUUGUCCACGAUGUCGGCCAUUUCUAUUUCCCUGAUCACGUGACGUGCGUGAGCUUGAUCACUGCCAAUAGGGAGUUUAAGAUGUCAUUACGGCUGUGGUAAAAGGUUGUCGGGAAAAAACCUGAUUUACUUUCCUCUAAGAUUUUCGCCAAUAGCUCGAUGCGCACAACGUUUCUGACGGCAAGAAUCUUCACUUCGGCAUAACAAGUAAAUGCAGUGUUGGGUUCAAAGUGAAAAUGAGACUAAAUUGCUGUCGAGGUUUCUUUGCCAAAAGAACUUGAAAGUUGGUGAUUUCACGUUUUUGUUCCCGUAAGGGACGGCUACGAAAUGUACACAUUUUGAAACGUACGUGUGUCGCUUACUGUCUUGCUCAUUAGAUCUUUCGUUUGGCUACGUUCUCGUUGUCGUCGCUGUCGUGGUUUUCUUUAAGUCCCUUAUAUUGUCCUUGUAUGGUCGGAAAGAAUAAAUAUUAUUGAUUUAGUUUUGAAACCUCGAAUUUGUUCCCCUUUUCAGGCUAUAUAAAACGUUUAAGAAUAAUAAAUACCUAUAUAUGCUUCUGGAAGCUUGUCUGGGCGGUGAACUUUGGACCAUUCUGAGAGACAAGUAAGUAGGGUUCUGUGGUUUUAUCUUGUAAAGAAAAAUUGUAGUGGAAAAUCCGUUAAACAACUCUGACCCACAAAGCAAAUCUUAGGACCCCACGUUUCCCCCGUCCAGUGACCAGAAUGCAAACUUCUUUGAGAUGAAAUUGCACGGUGGACAGGGAGGGGCACAAAUUACGAAGAGCAAAAUUUUCCAACCCUUCUGAAAAUGCAUUUAUUGUGAAUUUUCCAGCCCAUCCCCUCCCCUCCCCCGCCCCAUCCGUAUUUAUGACGAGCCCCUUACCUUCACUGAAAAGUCUAAGUUGUUCGAGACUCUUUAAUCCCUAAGUCCUUCUCUAUCAGCCCGUUUCCCAAUGAGGUCAAGAAUGUAACAUUUCUGUGACUUACUGAUUAAACUAAGCUCAAGUCUUUUAUCUCCGCAGAGGGUCUUUUGAUGAUGCGACCACACGUUUUUAUGUAGGCUGUGUAAUAGAAGCUUUCACGUAUCUUCACGAAAGGGGCAUCGUGUAUAGAGAUCUGAAGGUAAAAUCCCUGGUUUUUUUUUUAAGACUCAGUACAAGCUUUUAGCACUAGAAUUACAAGCAGCAAAUUCGGUUGAAUUUUCUUUAAGGGAGGAGCUGGGGGGAGGGGAAGGGAGGGUAAGUGUGUCCUGUACUGGUGUUUACAGCUCUGCCAAGAUAGUGUUUUGUUUAUUUUCUUUUCCUGACAUGAAGGGGGUUACACGCAAACCUCCUCUCUCCCUCCCCCCCCCCACUUUCCCUUCAGUCUCUGCAUCUAAGAAGAAUUCGCUUUUUCAGCCAUGUACAAUGAUAGAAAGCCUAGACAACUUCAAUAAGGAAUGUAGAAAUAGUGUUGUUGGUGAUGUUGCUAUAAUGAGCUUGAUUGAAACUUCGAUAGUGGCUUGAAAGACUUGUCUUGCUUUCACAUUUUCAGCCUGAAAAUUUGCUUUUGGAUGAAAAAGGCUACUGCAAAUUGGUAAGUUGAAUGACAUGCUCUGUUGCUUUCCAUUAAAAAAACCUUUGUGCUGUAAACUUGCUUGUGUACGAUUCAUACGUUCAGUAUUUGAAAAUUGUAGUUGUAGUUAUUAUCUGUGACACUUGAAAUAGUUGUAGUUUGAAGUGCGGUUGCUUUAACCCGUGUAAGUUGAGUUAACAGUUUUUUUGAGCAUGAGAAGACUUAUUUCGAAGGUGCUAAAUUUUCCUGUUAUUCCCUUUGAUCCAAGGUCGAUUUUGGUUUUGCAAAGAGAAUAGGUUAUGGAAGAAAAACGUGGACGUUCUGUGGAACACCUGAGUAUGUUGCACCUGAGAUCAUUCUUAACAAGGUAAACAAAUUAGUCAUUCUUAACUUCAUUAAAACAAAAUAGACCAAGGUAAUCCUGGUUUCCCCCCGACACUUACUUAAAACUCUCUUAAGUCCAGUGAACAGUGUUUGUAAGGAUCAAUUUCUUUGAAAUCAAGAUUCAUCUUCUCCAUCGGAUAAUAAUGAUUGGGAUUAAUACUGAAUGUUUGUUUACCUUCGUAGGGCCACGACUUGUCAGCAGAUUAUUGGUCUCUAGGAAUUCUUAUGUAUGAACUGCUUACAGGCAGCCCACCUUUCACGGGGUCAGAUCCAAUGAAGACCUACAACAUAAUUCUCAAAGGAAUUGAUAUGAUCGAGUUUCCUCGCAAGAUCACCAGGAACGCUCAUGGUCUCAUUAAAAAGCUGUGUCGGUAAGUUCUUGUAGGUUGGGUUCCAAACAGUUUGUUUGAUGAUAGUAAAAAAAAAACAACAUCAAAACGUCAUUUUCUCAACUUAAAGCUUCACUUCAAUGGUAGUGGCAGUUGAUUAGUGUGGGUAAUAACAGGGUUUCGAGUGCAGUAAAUUUUUCAAAGACAAUAAAAUUACACGAGCCCGUAGGGCAAGUGCGAUUUGUAGUCUUUGAAAAAUGCCAAACCAAAUUGCACGAGAAAUCAUGUUGUUGCAUGUCAACAAUGUACAUGAAAAAAUGUCACAGAGAUUCAAGAUAGACGUAAAUUUUGACAGCGCUGGCGUGCUAUUUGUAAUUUACAUUCGUAUUACAACUGUGCACUCGUGUUACAUGAGAACGUCCUUUUCAGCCAAUCAGAAGCGCGUAUUUUUUCAGGUACAUUAUUAAAUGUUAAAUUUGGUGGAAUUUCUACGGCCGGUGUAUGACACGAAGAGGGCAGGGAGAAACUCUGAAGUGUCUGUUGGUGUUUAUCCUUGUUAAAUCUUGCCACUUAAUGGUUAUUUUUAAUCAGAAGUGAAAACCAGGUAAUUGGUUCCAUCAAGUUUGUUAUCAGCCCAGUUAGCUGAAUUACUACGCCUUGUCUUUUGUCUUUUUAGGGACAACCCGAUUGAGCGUCUUGGCUACCAAAAGGGAGGUCUGAAAGACAUAAAGAAAAACAAGUAAGUAUCUCAGUGAAAAUGGGCGAAAGAUUGCAAUCCUUAUCACAGCUCAUGCCACCAUAUUAAUAGCCAUAAUGCCAACUGAAAUGGCAGCAACAACAUCUACAUCUACAAUACUUUUUGUGGAUGUUUAAGGUCGAAGGAAGGAAACCCCCUCCACAAGAUCGUUGGUUCCAUUGUAGCAUCUCUCUGUCACCCUUUUAAAUCCUCUCAAUGAAGGCCUAUUCACCUAACAUUUGCGUGUAACUUAACAUGUCUGUGUGUGUCUAGGUGGUUCGAUGGUUUCAACUGGGACGGCUUGAAGCAGAGGAUACUCAAAGCCCCCAUCGUCCCAAAGGUUUGUAAUAUUUGACAAAGGUUUGGGCAAUUGACGAGAUAAGUAACGCAAUGCUCCUCUCUGUUACCGAGGAAAUUACUACUUGCCGACCCAUAUAAGGUAGCCAUUUUCUCAACUAUAAGUUUUAAUUAAACCAAACCAUUUUAUAAAAAGACAUUUUUACAUACGCGAACAAGUCGUCGUUGAGCUCAUUUUCUUCUUUGUUCUCGGGGAUUAUUUGGUUUUGUUGAGUUUUUCUAAGAGAUACGAGGGGCAAUUUGCUUUGGGCAGACAACUUACACAACACACAACAGGCGAAUAGUUUCGUUGUGUAAGAACUUAGUUACUCGUGAGUAGGAUGGUUGGCUGCGUAGGUGUCUCGUAAAUCGUGUAAUAUUUACGGCUAGUUUCCGUAGCCCUCACACGCGUCAUGCAAACCUCUUCCUCAAAUGUAGCUUUUAAAGUAAACAACAACCCUAAUUUUCAUUUAGAUCAAGUCCCCAACGGACGCAUCAAACUUUGACGACUACCCUCCCGAUGACGAGAUACCUCCAGAUGACACGACAGGCUGGGACAAGGACUUCUAAUCUGGGUGUCAGUGCUAUCGCCACCCGCAUACUGCUUGGAUUCCUCCAGUGUACAGGGCAAGAUGAUAAAUUCCUUUUACGUAGUUCUUAUCCCUUCUCUUUACUUCCUUAGUUCUUACCAUCCGUGGUCUAAGUAGCCAGGAUAAAAAACUUUUAACCUAAUCUGAAUAGUUUUUAAUACAGUUUUAGUUUGUUCCUGAAAAAGUCUAUUUGGAUUUGAAGGAGAAGCGACAGCAAUAGAGUCGUUUACUUCAAAGUAAGUAAAAAGACGAGAGAUUAGAUUGAUAUUCUAGGAUUUUUUUGUAGCGGUUUUAUUUGAAGUUCCAAAUUGAUCUUACUCCGAAAAUGUUUUUAUGGUUAUUAUAUAUGUCAAAAACAAGACUGUGCACUAUAGACAUACAAUUGUUUUAUAGGUUCGUUGACUUAGGUUUUCCUCUUUUCCCCCUCGUUUCUGCCUGAUAAAAUCCGCACAGUCAAAUUGAACGCUGGAGGGGUAACGAUUGUUUUGCAAAGUCUUAAAUAGCAGUAGGUCAGUAAGAAACAUUAAAUAACUAUUCUCAUAUUUUAACAAUGUUUUAUCCUUAAUUGGUUUGCUUUGGAGAGUGUUAUUAUCCAGGCAUACCCACAUAUUUUUAUUAAUAAAUAUUGUAACGUCUUUAAAGUAAAUGGUAAUGAUGCCGGAGAGGGAGAACAAUUUUAGUUGAUUGUCAAUUUGUAAACGAAUCAUUUCACUGUGUUCAGGACCUCUGCAAACAGGAUAGCAAAAUUUAACAUGUGUUAAGUAUAUUCUGCUCUUUUAUGAGAUUACGCUUCAAAUUUUCUUUCGGAAGUGUGUUGAAGAUAUGUAAAUAAUUCAGUCACAAAUAAUUGAAGUUAACACUAACAUAUUAUUACCCUGUCACAUUAUUAUAUCUCCUAAAGAUACUUUCCUUGUGGAUUAGCUUUCAUUAUUCCCACGCUUCCAGCGUAGCCUAUAAAUUUCUCUAGAAAGCAAAUCUUUUGCAUCCAGUAAGUUUGGAACAAUACCAAAUCAGUUACAUUUGUGGCUGAACCGCGUUUGAUAGCAACCUUAUCAAGGGAAAAACAACAAAAAACGCUGUUUGCUAUCGGUGGUCUCUUUUGAACUGGCAUUUGAAUGUGUUACGCUUGCUGUUUCGCUUAGAUUCCUUUAUGGCUUGGGUUACCUUAUUGUCAAUUUAUAUAGGACGUAUGCUGCUUUAAGUAACUACUUACCGGAAAUAAUUGCCCACCGUAAAGUAAAUUUAUUUGUGUGACAGCCUUAUAGAGAUUGAUCACGCGUUCUUCGUAUUGUGCGACGGUCAGUUGAUUUUCACGUCCUGCUCGCAUGCAAAAUAUACCUUGUAACAUGAAAAUAAGUAAACUUUUGUUAGAACUAAAAUGGUUGAUAUAUCUAUCAGGAUCUAUAUGGAGCUGGUUUGGCCGCGAAGUCAGGAGAGCGAGUCGAUUGUCUGUGCGGUCGAAAAAUAUAGAUCUGCUAGGCGAGUUAACCAUUUUGUUAUGGCCUUUGUCACUAUUGAGGCUUCGGUCUCAUUUGUUUUGUUUCGUUAAGAAAGCUCUGCAGACCUCCGGCCGUCAGUGACAUUCCUAGGAAUGAAAGAGUAGUACCUUAAUACCUAAGCAGUGAGCGAAUUCUGUCAGGUAUUUUCACUAUCUUAUUAUUAGGAAUGUAGACUACUCAUUGCCGAAAACGAAAUUAUAACACACCCGAGGCAGAUAACUUUGCCCUCUUAUAAGUAUUAGCGAAAUCAAUUUUACGUAGAAUUUCCUUUUGUUUCGUUUUGUAGUUCUUUAAAGGCGGUGAAUGAUUUUAGCAAUGUUGCUCUUUCUUAACUUUUAAACAUAGUUUCAAAAUCUUUAGGAGAGUUUUAUGUCGAUUAUUUAUUUCGGACGCCCCUAUCCGUAAGAAAUUGUAAUCGUAAGGAAUUGUGCUGUGCACGGUGGUUUUGAUACGUCAUAUCUGUGAAAUGAAAUGAAUUAUACUGUUGGUAGUUUUGUAUUUAUUUCUUCUAGUAAUGCCAAUCAAAAAUAUAAUCGGAUAAAGCUGUGCAAUGAAAGCGUCAUUAAAAUUAAUUUUUUAACCACU